AWUUUUUGCUCUGCACCCUGCUUAAUAGCUCGAGACGUCAAAGCAUGGAUCCGUUUGGUGCGAAAACGAUUCUAUUGGCCACGGCCACGUCCAGUUUUCUGUCGCUGCGGGCGUACAAGCGCAAAUCGUUGACGCCGGAGGGAUCCGUCGCGGCCUUCGCCGUGGCCUUUUUCUUGGUCGGCAGCGGGCUGCGAGGCAUGAACCUGCUCACCUUUUACUUCAUUUCCAUGAAGGCCACCAAAUACAAGGUGCGUUUGUUUYGUCUCGUUUCGUUUCGUUUCGGUACUAUCGGACGUGGAGUGGAAACAAAACCCAUUGAUACAGUAGAUCGAUUGGCUUGUUUGUGCGUUUGUUGCUCACUCGCACUGUGACGCCUUGAACCCAUCGCAACCCUGGCGGUGUUUGGAAUGCCGUGGGUUUGGCACCCCGCCGCACCGCACCGCAUCCGUUCGAAAAAAAAAAACCGGCCGUGCCCUCCGCAGAAGGAAAUCAAGAAAACGAUCGACGGAACGAUUGCCUCGCACGAGGGAAGCACGACGCGCGGAACGAGCCAGGUCCUGGCGUGCUCGUUGCUGGCCACCAUUCUCAGCGUGGUCCAUGCGUUCUACUGCGGACCCGAGCGCGCCGUGGUCUUCCCGCAAGACGGCGGCGACGGGGCGCUGUUGCUGUCGUCCCGGUUGACCUGCGGGAUCCURGCGCACCACGCGACGUGCCUGGCCGACACGCUGGCGAGCGAAAUGGGGAUACUGAGCCGAUCGCCCCCGAGGCUGAUCACCCAGCCCUGGAAGACGGUGCCCUCGGGCACGAACGGAGGGGUCACCCCGACGGGCUUCUUCUGGAGCGCCGCGGGUGGAGCGAUCAUCGGUCUCUCGACCCUACUGCUGGACGGCAUUUCGGGAAUCGGGGGCGCCGGUCCGUUCUACGCCGCUCGGAUGGUCCUGUAUUCGCUCGCGUGCGGCCUGGUGGGCUCCGUGCUGGAUUCGCUGCUGGGGGCCACGGUGCAGCAGUCCUAUGUCGACCCCGACACCAAAAUGGUCUACCAGGAGGAMGACCGUCGGCCGAAGUCCACGAAAUUGGUGGUUGGCCAUUCCGUGAACCUGCUGACAAACGAACUGGUCAACCUGGUGAGCGUCGCCAUCACAACGCUGCUGGGAGCUACCGUGAUUGGGCCACUUUUUUUCUGAGACGAGGAAUCACCAGGAAAUGAUUCGAUGCAAUCUUGGGAUUGAAGUCGAGCCA